AUGGAGACCAACAUGGCACCAUCCUACGCAAAUAUGCUUAUGAUGGACUUUGAGGAUAGGUUCUCAUACAACAAUCUGUUGCUUCUGGAGCUUGUCUCAGUAUGUUACUGGUACAUAGAUGAUUGUUUUAUGAUCUGGAGGGGCACACAAGCAGGGCUUAACAGCUUUUUGGAACAUCUUAAUCAGUGCCAUUCAGACAUAAAAUUUAUAUCAAAGUUGACUUUCUGAACAUGACUGUGGGAAAGACAGGUGACCAUCUGACUACAGACCUAUUUACAAAACCAACUGACUAAUAGUCUGUUCGACUCAAGAAGUUAUCACCCUAAAAACUAAUUUAAUCUAUUCCCUAGAGCCAAUUUGUACAGGCUAGAAGACUUGUUCAGGACAAAUUCACUACUGACAAUCGUCCAUCUGAAAAUACUCAAAAUUUUGAACAUAAGAGCUAUGUUUGCAAUGCACGAGGAAGGGCACGACAAAGGAUGAAAGCACUACCCCGUGACGACCUAGUCACUAUAAAACCUAAAACCAAGACAGAUUGGUUACCUUUUGUAAGUACCUUCUCCACCUUCUCUUCUCCAAAAAAUUAUAAGGAACAAUUAUUACUUGUUACAGGUGGACAAACAGAUAGGACACCUUUUCAAGGAGCCUUCUUUGUUUGCACACAAAAGAGGUAG